UUUCGUUUAUUCAAUAUAUAGGUUAACAUGUCUGAGAAAGAUUACCAAAGAAAAAAGAACAAGUUCUUACCAAAGAUUCAUGCUUGGUUGCAAGAACAUGGUGGUGAACCUAUCAUUCCUUUUAGCGAUGUGUUUGAGAGGAACCUUGCUGAUAUGGAACCUGCUGAAGCUGCAAAGUAUUGUGAGGAAAUCAAGAUGCAAAGGUUAGUUGAAAAUGAUCUCUUUGUUAUUAGGGGUUUAGAAUGCUUUUAGUUUGAGUUGUUCA